UAAUACAUCAUUGGAUAUGUUGUCACUACAACAUAAGCAAUCUGAACAAACAAAUGUAAACUUCCACAUCAUACAUUGUUAGUACUUCACACCGAAACAAAAAGCAACAAACCCAAUAUUAGGUAGACUAAAAACUUUGGCGUUCACCAUUACAUAUAUAUUAAAAGACGAAAGAUGGAUACCCAUUUCAACGAAGUGGAGAACCAAGGACCCACACGGACAACACUCCAACAGAGGAUGUGCACCAUGAAUUUUCCCCGGAACCAGGCUACCCCAGAGAUGGCCCGUGGUCUCCGCGAUUCCCAGAUCAUGAUUGACCCAUUGGUGAAGCGACAGCGCCAGCAGCAGCGUCAGUAUGAGCGGGAAAUGAUGGAGUUAUUCAAUCGUAUUUCUAGCAGCCCGCAACCGGAGGUUGCAAAGCGAGUGCCUGGAAGCCACCGUUUGUUGCACCGCCGAAAUAACACUCCAAAUUUACAAAAGAAGCCAACUGAGCUGACAUUCGUGCGCCUUUAAGCGCACACCAACGACUACACCAAUGAAUACACCAACAUUGGUGAAAGUUAUAAUAAUGAAAAUAGUUCACCAAUGUGAGGGAUACACUUCCAAAAGGUUUUGCAACUUAAGAUGUGAACAUAUAUAUAUAUAUAUGUAUGUAUUUUCCAAAUUUAUAUUUGAGUCCACAAUUGAACCUGAAUAUACAUCAAUCAACACAUGCAACAAUAUGUAUGAAGAACAUCAUCUCAUCAUCAAAAGUGCAAAUUAUUCAAAUUUGAAAAAAAGGCAAAGAACGUUAAUUCGGUUAAGCACUUAAAGCCACCAGCUCGGGAAGUGGACCACAUGGACUUGGACCGUACUCCUGGCGUCAGCCUGGUCAGCUCGGAACUACAACUACAACUACAAUUGAUGAAAAUGCUGGCUCUACGAGAACAAAUUACGUGGCUGAAGCAGCAGGAGCAGCAGCAAAAGCAGUCACCUGUCUAAGAGUUUGAGGAUUCGAAGCGGCAAUUCCGGAGGACACUUUUGGGUCCCCAUUAGCUAGCAUAGAAAGAGAGAGAGAGUGAUAGUGAGAUAGAGAUAGAGAGAGGGAGAGUCAUGUCCAGCAGUCACUCCGGGACAAUUGGCCGUAAACGGGGCGGCAGUGCUGCCGGUAGCGAGUAUUACUAUUCCUCCUCCGGCGGCAUCGGUUCCAGCUCCGGAGGAGUCGGUGGAGGCGGCGGAGGAGGAGAGCAACUGCGGCGACAGCGUUCAGCGGAAUGGCAUAGUCAUCGUCACGGUCACGGUCACGGUCAUGGGCUGGGCCAUGGCCUCAGUCACGGUUUGGGCCAUGGUUAUGGCAGUAGCAGCGAGGAUGAGUACCAGAACACCGGGCAGGCGACGGCAUUCGAUACCCAACUGCUGGCACAGCUCCUCCUGCAGAGUCAACAAUUGGCAAGCAUGGAACACUAUAACUCUGACUGUGAACCGGAUUAUCUACGUCAUCGCGAUCGCCAUAUCCUGGAGAAUACAUCACCCGGAGAUCUUCCACCGGCAUCCACCAAUGUCACCGUUCCCGUUGCCGUUCCCGCACCCGCUCCCGAGGUGACCUACGCCCAACCGCACCAGCAACGCUCGUCCAUGGGCUCACCCAUGAAGCUAGUGUCCACCGUCUCGGCGGGCAAAUAUCAGACCAAUGCGAAUCUGGGCCUCUUCCCCAACAGCAGCAGCAGCGGCAGCAGUGUCCAGAAUGACCGACAAGGUGCCAGUGUCACUGCCGUUGCCUCGCCACGCAGUACAAAUCCCUUCCUGAGCUCCAAGUUUUCCGGCGAGGAUAAUGCAUUGGAUAAUGUACUGCUUCCAGCAUCGGCUUCGUCCUCAACAGCGGCAUCCAGCAAUCGCAGUCAUAGGAGUGGAGGAGCAGCAGCAAGGAGUACAUUGAAUCGUCUCAGUGGAAUGACCAGUUCCAGCAGCGAUUCCCAUCAUCAUCAUCAGCAGCAGCAGCAGCAACUCUCCCAAAUGGCUGCCGUGAAGCAGCUGCUCCAGCCGGAGGAUAGCGGCGAUGAGUUCGUCCUGGGGCGUUGUGGAAAUGGUAGCAACAGCAGCGGAAGGGAAUCGGAGGAGCCGCCACCGGAACCGGCGCCGCCAGAGAUUCCGCCGCGCACACAAUCGCUCCUCAUGUCCCUCCGCAAGCACUCCGACUACAAGCUCAAGUAUGAGGAGAAGGGUGACCAGAAGCACGAGGAGUUUAUCCCCACCAGCCAGCUCCAGAAGGACUAUAUACUUAGUGACAACCUCCGUUCGGAUCAACAGCUGAAACCGCUAUCACCUGGCGACUCAAAUGG